CCUAAACAGCAGCGUAAAGCGGAGAGACGGCCGGAGGAUGAAGCAGCCGGAGCGUCUUCAUCAUCCGAUCCAGGCGCACGUAGCCCGAGGAGAGGUGGGAGAAAAAUCUACACAGCGACGAUGUGCGUGAGAAUAUGCUCUUAAAUUAAGCCUGCUUGGGGGUGGGGGGGAGACGCUGUGUGGUUGUGUGGUGUGACAGCCAGCCAGCUACGCAGCGCCAGACAACACGGCGCUGUUUUCCACCAUCCACUGAGGAGCAUCUGCUGACAAAGAAGAGGGGGGAAAAACUGAUCAUGGGUUUGUCCUUCUGCUAGCUUUAAUAUUAUCCGAGCAGCAGCACGAAACGCUAGUAGCAACAACAACAACAAAAAAAAGAGCAACAGCAGUCUUACAAUGGGGUCCAGGCUGAGCAGACAGAGCAGCCUGGACAAUGAGAAUUUCUCCAAAAAGCGACGCAAGCUUCUAGACGGCACCGGAGAGAGCGACAGGAGCAGCCGGGGCGGCGGAGACUUUCUGUUCGCGCUGAUGCUGAAAUCCGACAAACUGCCCGGGAUGCUGCGGAGGACCAACCACAGUCCGUACAUGAGGAGGGUGGCGUGGAUCAAGGAGAUCCAGAAGCUGCUCCGUGACCGCAGCAUAGAGCAGGCGACCGACGUGCUCAAAUUACUGAGGAAGGAUCUGGGUUUAGAAGGCACCUCACUCAACGACAUCUUGUACAAAAACGCUGCCUUCCUCAACCUCGUGGACCCGAUCUCACAUGAACUGCUGCUCAGCUUGGCUCGAGAGAUGCAGUGUCCUAAGAAGGAUGCAGACACCAUAAAGUCUUCUGAUAAGAUUUGCAGACAGCUGAUCUAUCACCUGACCCCACACUCAAAGUGGCUGAGGCAGAGCAUGUCCAGACGGAAAUCCCAGGCCUGUCUCAAGACAACUCUACAGAAAAAGCUGUCCAGUGACACUGUUGACUUGUCCGGUAUCCCUCUGUCCACUCGAGAUGUCCACCAAGUCGCCUUCUACCUCCAAAACAACAGAGAGAGUGUAGUGGCUGUAGACAUCAGCUUCACCGAACUUCACGACGAGAAUCUGAGGAUUCUCCUGCCUCUUCUGGCCUCACUCCCCAAACUCAGCACCCUGGCUCUCAACGGGAACCGGCUCACCCUGUCUAUACUCAAAGACCUCACAGAGAUGCUCAAAGACCCCAAGAAGUUCUCCAGCCUGGCCUGGAUAGACCUGGGAAACAACGUGGACAUUUUCACCAUGCCUCAGCCGCUGCUGGUCGCGUUGCGUCGGCGCUGCAGCCUGAAGAGCAGCCUACCUACCAUCUACGAGUACACAGAGGGCCAACCCUACUGCUACCACCUGGAGACCUCCAUCGAGGAGCCCAGCCACUACGAGGAGGAAGAGGAGGAGGAAGAGGCGGAGGUGGACGAGGAUGACGAGGAGAACAAAUUUGAGCUUGAGCCGUGGGGUUUAGGGGAGAAGCAGCUCUCCAAGGACUUCACCCUUCACUACUGUGAGAGGUGAUGGAGCAUUUUCUCUCUGAGGCUUCAACUGUGGUUGAAAUGUCGUCCCACAGCACUCUGUUACUUCCUUCGCCUUCCUGCCCUCACACCACGAGCCCAGUCACCCUUUGAGGCGCGAGGGAGAUCAGUGCCCACAUUGUGAACUUCUUGUCCCGACACGGCUACCAAGCUAUUCCUAACCAUCUCUGAGUUAACCCACACAAGAUAGUGACAAUGAAGUGACGGCGGACUUACUGUGUUGGUGGAUGGUGCUCUUGGGAACAAGGUGCGGUUUCAUUGGAGGGGGGCUGGAAGAGUUAAUGAACCAGUGCUCUCUCUCUCUCUCUCUCUCUCUCUCUCUCUCUCUCCUUCCCACUCUCUCUCUCUGUCUAUGAUAGUGGCAGCUGAGGAGCCAAUCUCAAGGAGAUUUAGAUCAGUUGGUCGGAUGGAGGAGCAGCAUCCCGGCGGUAGCUGAAGUGGAACUCGAGUUAGUUUGGAAACAGUGGGUCCCUCUGGGUUCUAUACCACGACUGAGACUAUCUCUGGCAGGCAGGGCCUAGCUCCACAUUGUGUGUUCUCUGUUAAUCUCUCAACAAAAGCUAUGACACAAGUUCAACAGACUAUACAGCCGACGACCCAUCACGUGACGCUGGCAAAACUGCUAGGUCGACUUUUUGCGUUUUCCCCCCCUUUCCAAAUGUCCACUUGUGAAUACCCACGCAGCCCUUGUGUAGAUGUAAGUGAGGGCACAAAACAUGGCCCUGUUGUGUUUCCACAGGCUAUUUUUGUGCACUUUGGUGAACAAAGCAAUCUUAGAAGACAACAGGUAGGACUCAACAAUGGCUAGCUGUCACUGAUUGUUUUUGUACUGGUCCAAAUGCUGAUAUUUACCUCUUUGUAAUUACUGAGCUGUUGUCGUCAUCACAUUGUUUUACUGCAUUUAUGACACUUCAGCCAACUGUUAAUAUGGGUCACUGUGUCAGAGCAGAACCCAAACUGCCCUUCCUACUGCCGUUCGUCUCUACAGUUGUGUUGUCAUUUCCAUUAAUUGAUGCUAGACUUGUGUUUGUUAUGAGCCACAGCCAUGACUGUUAUCUAUUGGUUAUAGUCCGUCUACAAGUAGCACAUAAUGAUUAAGUUAGACUGAGCAAAAUACUACAAUGCACUUUAAGACCCUAUUCUUUGGAUAUUCCGAUCCACCACAGCAUAUACUCAGUGUACAUUGUUUAUAAGUAGACAUAUUUACAAAGCAGACGCUGAACGUAUACCUCUUUCAGAAGAAAUGAUGACCAAAUGGCUCAAGAUUGUUAGAAGGAUCAUUAAAAUCAACAUCACCAGAUAUAUAAUAAAUGUUUAAUGUGUGUUAUAUAUGUUUGUAACAGUAAAUUGUCUGGUUGCUGCUGUAAUAAUUUGUGUUAUUGUUUUGAUGUUUCGUCUCUCGUCCUACUCAGUGAUCAUAAAAUGACUCUAAUGACUAUGAAACUGAGCCUAGUGACCUCCUGCUAUAAGCUUGAACAGUAAACAAAAGGGAACAUGACUGAUAGGAUUAUGCAAUAAAGCAGAAGACAGUUCAGUAAAUGUAAUUUAAAGUCAGAGCAGACACCAUUCAUGCUGAAUGUUCUGAAUGAUGGAGAGCGAUGUCCACUUGGUUUGUAGUUUAUGUUUCAUGUGUCAAUGUCAAAUUCUUCCUUGUUGUAGCCUGUGUGUAUUUGUCUCAUGCCAAACACUGACUGCCAAUAAAAGAACCGAUCAGAA